CAGUUUACUGCGGUUCAUUAUCAGUUCCUCUUGUUUUAGGAAAAACCACAGAUGAAUUAUUAGUAUAUUUAUAUUAGUUAUAUUUAUGGAAUAUUCCAUAGGCUCAUGAAACUGAUCUAUAAAUUUUGUUCUUUUAUAUCUCUUAUAAUAAUCACUUAUCACAAUCCACCUGGUAAUGAACGUGUAUUUAAAAAUAUCCUUGUAGUUUCCUCGUUCAGGAAUAUUUUUUUUUGUUUUAACGACCUUACUACACUGAAUUACCGACUAUUAAACUGAUGCAAUUUCUUUGGCAUAUUACUAUGUUGUUUUUCAAAGUAUAAAAAUACCUAUAUAAGCUGAAGAAAAUCCAUUGGUUACGCUUCAGUUGUUUGUGAGUGGUGCAUCUAAAUUCCAAAAAUGAAGACCAAGGACUUCACAGGAAUACCUAUAGAGGUUAUCAGAGACCCAAAGCUAAUGCCUGGUGGAAACUACAUCAAGACAGGCAAAGACUCUACCCAAAGUACUUGUCUCCUCUUUGCACCACAAGGCGAGGAAGUUGGUACUCUAGCGAAGUACCUGGCUAUCUUCCAGAAACAUGGCGUCAAUCUCAGUCAUAUCGAAUCAAGACCUUCAACAAAGGUCCCCAACAAGUAUGAGUUUAUGGUAGAGUGUGUACCGUCUGGUGACCUUGGGGAGGCUGCGUGUGAGCUCAAGAAAAGUUGCGAGUACUUGAAGAUUAUUUCCAGAGAUUACAAGGAUAAUAUAGGUACCGUCCCAUGGUUCCCACGACGUAUCAGAGAUCUGGACCGAUUCGCAAAUCAGAUUCUAUCGUAUGGAUCUGAGUUAGAUGCUGAUCAUCCUGGAUUUACUGAUCCUGUUUACAGGGCAAGAAGGAAGUAUUUUGCUGAUAUAGCUUACAACUACAGGCAUGGUCAAAAACUCCCACACGUGGAUUACACAAAGGAAGAAACUGAAACGUGGAGAAAAGUAUUCAAACAGUUGACUACUCUCUACCCAACUCAUGCUUGUAAAGAACACAACCACGUCUUUCCGCUGUUAGUAGAAAACUGUGGAUACAGAGAAGAUAACAUACCUCAGCUGGAGGAUGUCUCGAACUUCCUUAAAGACUGUACUGGCUUUACCUUACGUCCUGUAGCAGGACUUCUAUCAUCCAGAGAUUUCCUGGCAGGUUUAGCCUUCAGAGUAUUCCAUUCAACUCAGUACAUCCGACAUCCCAGCAAACCAUUUUAUACACCAGAACCUGACGUUUGUCACGAACUGCUAGGACAUGCCCCACUUUUUGCGGAUCCUGAAUUUGCGAAUUUUUCGCAGCAGAUUGGACUUGCGUCCCUUGGAGCUCCAGAUGAUUACAUAGAAAAACUCGCAACUUGUUUUUGGUUUACUGUCGAAUUUGGGUUGUGUCGAGAAAAUAACGAGGUGAAGGCCUAUGGAGCCGGCUUAUUAUCAUCUUAUGGUGAACUUCAAUAUGCUCUUGAAGAUAAAGCUGAAAUUAGGCCAUUCGAACCGGCGAGAACCGCCUUGCAGAAAUACCCUAUUACCGAGUACCAACCAGUAUACUAUGUUGCUGAAGAUUUUGAGGAUGCUAAAGAAAAAAUGAUGUAGGUAUUUCCCAAAAAAUAUACAGGUGGCCAAUAUAUAACUGAUUUAAAAUUGCGCACCAUUUUUGAUACACGCAUUUCAGUAGUAGCUGUUUAAACCACAUGAUGUGUCGAAUUCAUCAUAUUGCGCUACACGAACCCACAACGCGUCCGUAUUGUUAAAACGUUUUCCUAAAUAAUGAGUCGGAUUGCUACAAUUCUACAAGCUACGACAAGAUUUCGGUCGAAAUAAUGUGCCCAGUGUCAACAGCAUUCAUCAGUUGGUGCGUAAAUUUGAAGAAACAGGUGAAGUUAAAGACUUGCCUAGGUCGGGCCGUGUUCGAACUGUUCGUACUCCGGAAGAUAUCGAGAGAGUUCGUGAAAGUGUAGUGGAGCGCCCUGAGACAUCUCUACCGAACAUCGUCCUCAAGAACUGGGUAUAAGUCGCGCGUCAUUAUGCACUUAUUUGCGGCCAUACAAAAUUUAAUUAACCCAAGAAGAAAAUAACGAUUUUUACCGACAACUGAUAAUGAGCGAUGAAGCCCACUUCGCUAUGAACGGAUUUGUUAAUAAGUAGAAUAGUCGUAUCUGGGCAUUAGAGAACCCUCGUUUCAUCCAUCAACGACCACUACAUACUCGUCGAUUCACAGUUUGGUGCGGUGUUUGGUAUGGAGGUGUCAUUGGACCUUACUUCUUUGAACACGCUGCAGGUAAUUCUCUUGCUGUCACUGGCGAGCGCUACAGUGAUAUGGUGCAAAUCUUUCUGGUUUCUCAAAUCCAACAAUUUAACCUGCAAAAUACGUGGUUCCAGCAGGACGGAGCGACUUGUCAAACAGCUAGGGAAACAAUGAAUCUUUUGCGAACAAUAUUUCCGAGACGUUGAAUUUCUCGAUUUGGUGAUGUCAACUGGCCACCAAUGUCACCGGAUUUAACGGCUCUUGACUUUUUUAUAAAAAUUUUUGCAAAAUAGGGCUUAUGCCAAUAAACCAAAUACUGUAGAGCAGCUGAAGAAGAAUAUUACGGAAGCGAUUGAAAAUAUUCCGCCCCAAUCUACCAAAAAGUGGAAAAUGUAAUCAAGAGGGCUCAGGUUUGUUUGAAUCGGUCAUUUUACUACAUCGCAGUUAUUGAGAAUAUAUUAAGCUGACUAUGGAAUUUGAAUUUUGAAAGAUUGAAAUGUGGAAUAACACUCACAGUUUGAUAAUAAUACAAGAGAAAGUCUGAAAAAUUGUUAUUUUAACAAGAAAUAUGAUUAGUGGCAUCAUUGAUAUAUAAUAAUGUAUCACAGCUAUCUUUAUCCUCUCCAUAAUAAUUAGGAACCUACUUUGAAACGAAUUUUUACAUGCAAAAAGCAUUCUCAUUGACAAUCAGUUUGGUUUUCGUUCAAGAAGUAACACUGGCGAUGUUAUACACGCACGCAUGUAGAAUAUAUAGAAUCUGGUGAAUAUCCUGUGGGAAUAUUCUGCGACAUAAGUAAAGCUAUCGAUUGGGUCAGUCAUCAAAUACUAUUAGCAAAAGCUGACAAAUAUGGAAUUCGCGGUAAGUGCUUAGAAUGGCAUACAAGAAACGGGUGCUUGUAAAAUACAACAUCCGCGUUACUCAAUGCUGACAUAUGAAAGCCUCAAGCUCCAUCCUAUUGUUCAUAAUUUUUGUGAAUGGCAUUACGUGUUCGCUGAUGAUGCCUCAAUACCAGAUAAAAGCACAAAUUUAAAUGAGGUUAAAGUAAUUAAGGGAUUAAAGCAACUGUAUGACUGGU